UUCGAACACCCCAAAUCCUCGACGUCUACAUAUCUUCACCAGACGCCUUCAUGGCCCCCUGAAUCACCCUUUAUCCUCUGGUUUUUUCGGCCAAAACCCCCUACUUCUAUCUCCUCCUCCACCUCUCAAACGCCCCAGCAAUAAAAAAAAAAAUGGCCUCACUGAGCAGCAUCUCUCCACAGAGGUUCUCACAGAUCACAAAACCCAUCGUGGGCAGAUCCCAAACCAAUUCGAGAUCCAGCUCGAGUGCCUUGACCACCAUCAGAGGGCCCUCCGGCUCUUCCCUCUCGCAUCAGAAGGCCAAGAAAAGUCCUUUAAGGCCGGUGUUUGGUUCGGAGAAGAGGAAUUGGGCGGUGAGGUCUGUCGUUGAAGAGAUAGAUGUGAUUCCUAUUCGGAACGGUGAGCCCAUUAAUUUGAAGGAGGAAGGUGGUGAGAGCUCCAAUUUGGUGCCCGUUGGGGGCUUCGCUACCGAUGGUGGUCGUCUCUCUUUUGAGAGUGGGAUGGGAAUUGGGGACACCAUGGUGGAGGGGUUCCCUGGUUCCUCGCCUUCUUCAUCCAACCAGGGUGGGGAUGGAGACAACAAGAUGGUGGAUAGGGCCAUCAACGCGGCGAUAGUUCUUGCUGCCGGCACGUUCGCCAUCACUAAGUUGCUCACUAUCGAUCACGACUAUUGGCAGGGUUGGACCCUUUAUGAAAUUGUAAGAUAUGCUCCCCAGCAUAACUGGACAGCAUACGAAGAGGCUUUGAAGACAAAUCCAGUCCUAGCAAAGAUGAUGAUCAGUGGAAUAGUUUACUCAAUUGGCGAUUGGAUUGCUCAGUGUUACGAGGGAAAGCCAAUCUUUGAGUUUGACCGUGCUCGAAUGUUCAGAUCUGGCCUUGUUGGAUUUUCAUUGCAUGGCUCUCUCUCUCAUUAUUACUACCACUUCUGUGAGGCUCUGUUUCCAUUUCACGACUGGUGGGUGGUUCCUGUAAAAGUAGCAUUUGACCAAACUGCAUGGUCAGCUUUUUGGAAUAGUAUUUACUUUGUUGUACUUGGGUUCUUGCGCCUUGAGUCUCCAGGAAACAUAUUCUCCGAAUUGAAGGCAACAUUUUGGCCGAUGUUAACAGCAGGGUGGAAACUUUGGCCGUUUGCACACUUGAUUACGUACGGAGUCAUACCUGUUGAGCAGAGGCUUUUGUGGGUGGAUACAGUGGAGUUGAUAUGGGUGACCAUAUUAUCCACUUAUUCAAAUGAGAAAUCGGAAGCUAGAAAUGCAGAGGCAUCAUCAGAUCCAAAUGACGAAAAUUCAUCCACCGUUUCAGUGGAAUGAGCUAGGAACCAGCUGAAUGAGAGGAAAAAUUACUUGUUUCCUGUGGAACUGCUGCAGGCUGUGGUGGUCUUAUGUACAUCUCUUUUCCAGCAUCACAAAGUGAUGCAUCUCUGCCGCCAGCAAUGUGUAUAUUCUGUAACAGUAGCUUUUGUCCACAAGUAUAUGCAGUAGCAUAUUGUUACUGAUCUGAGCAACUGUAAUUUAUAGUCAGUGAUUAUUUAAUUAGCACACUUGCAUA